AUGGCGAUCGGAGGAGUGGAAGGCGGCCAAACCGAAAAGGUGGUGAAACCGAAGUCCUGGCUUCCGUGGGGAAUCCCGCCCUGGGCGCUUAAUUCUAAAGAAGCCCUGGAUUUGGUUAGCUCUGGGCCAAAAUCGACUCUCCCUGGCGACAGCACUGGAAACCUCCAACGCAACCACGUCACACGUCGUCCUCGAUAUCCCAUCCACACUCUUUGGACUCAGCCCAGAGAAGACAGUCAGUCAUGGCGCUUGGGUCUGGUCGAGUUCGAUGUUCGGUCUGUGAACUCGAGCUUUUUCGAUGGGAAUGGAUGCCCCACGUUCAGAGCAGGAUGCAUCGCAAACGCGCAGCUCGGUGUCGAGUUUCUCCCCAUGUCACGCCAGAACUUCUUGAAAGCUCUUCUGAUCAAGAUCUGCAAUAUUGCAGUUCCUGCGAGAAGAAUGUCAAGAGGUCGCUCUGGCUUCAACACCAGAAACAACCCUCCCACAUUAGCAGAGGACAAUACCGGACCUAUCGCGCUGACUUGGCUGAAGCGGAGAAAGACAAUCACGGCCUUGUGGUUGAAGGACUUCAGGACAACAUAUUCGUUGAUCCAUCUGCCAUUCAGGAGUUCAAUUCUUCAGAGUGCCGAACUACUCUCGAGGCAACGGAAUCGCCCAACAGGAUUCUCAAUAACGUCCGCCGAUCUGCAUCGACGAAUCGACGUUGCGCAACCAGCACAUGUCAAUGUUCACUUCAGACACCCCUUCAUCGGUCGCUACUACGACCGCGUUGAGCUCACAUUCGCCGACACUGAGCGGAAUGAGAGCUUCACAAUCUCGAAGCCUCUCUCCAUCAUCGUGGGUGUCAGGGAAGAACAUAUCGCUCUGCAACCUGUCGCGCCUUUUGUUCCGAAAGUGCUCGUGGCGAGAGAACCGUUGAAGCGUGUCGUCGCGGGAGUCGCUCCGGACCUCCCAGGAAGUAUCAAUUACACCAUCCCCCUGCACCCCGCUCGAAUCCCCAGUACCCUCUUUGCGCUUCUCAGCGGUCCUUCUACAACUCAGGAGCAAAUUGGGCAUAUUCGAAAAUUCUACAUUCCCCAUGGCCUGACUUGGCAGAACUAUACUCGAUUCUGGAAAUACGUUCUAUGGGUGGAGGAGUAUCAAGCAGAGGCGGACGUUCAGCGGUACGAUAUUAUGAGUACCACACUCGCUCGGAAUGAUCCCUGUUACGAGUUGCAGGUCUUGGGACUUGCGGAGAAACGACCGAGUGUGUUGAUUGGUGACCGUAUCUUGGUCCAGCGGGAAGAUGCAACUCCAGGCCACUGGUUCGAAGGAAUUGUGCAUACCAUCGGCAAGCUGAGCAUAGGCCUCCGCUUGCACGAGAGUUUCUCAGAACGCGACCCGUCUACAAGGUACAAUAUCCGGUUCAAGCUACAUCGACUCGUCUUAAAACGGCAACAUCAAGCAUUGGAGACAAUGUUCUCCGACGAGCGAGUCCUCUUUCCGAUGCCUUUUGAUAUCAAACCCGCCGUCCUUUUGGACUUCGAAGUCGUUCCAUUCAAUCCUUUGAUCACGCGAAACGAGCGCCAGUUGAAGGCCGUCACUUCGAUUGUGCAUCAACCUCCUGGCUCCCCGCCAUUCAUCGUUUUUGGACCACCUGGAACAGGAAAAACAAUCACCAUCGUGGAAGCCAUUCUCCAGAUCCUCCAGGCGACUCCUCAGGCCAAAGUUCUGGUCUGCGCGCCGUCCAACUCGGCGGCAGACAUCAUAGCAGAGCGGCUUGCUGAUCACCUCUCUUCUGAGAUGCUGUUUCGUAUGUAUUCCCCCUCCCGGACGACUCAGCAAUCUUCCAAAAGGCUUCAAUUCGAGGGCUAUACUUGCUCGUCUUCGUCCGAUGGAGUAUUCGGCCUUCCGCCUAUGGAGAAACUCGUCUCGUUCCGGGUUAUUGUAGCGACUUGCGUAUCUGCAUCAAUUCUCUAUGGGAUUGGCAUGCAGAGGGGGACCUUCAGCCAUAUCUUCAUCGACGAAGCUGGACAAGCAACGGAACCGGAGACUUUGAUAUCCAUCAAGACUUUGGCCGACUCGAAGACCAACGUCGUACUGUCUGGAGACCCCAACCAACUUGGACCUAUCGUCCACUCUCCUAUUGCUCGGUCCUUCGGACUCGACAAAAGCUUCUUAGAGAGACUAAUGGAGAGGGAUGUAUACGAUCUACAGAGAGGUUUCACCUCGACAGUGGUAAAGUUGACGAAGAACUUCCGCUCUCAUCGAUCCAUCUUAAAAUUCCCAAAUGAGAGAUUUUAUGCUGGCGAUUUGGAACCUUGCGCCAGCCCUUCAGUCGCCGACGCCUUCAUUGGUUCAGCGUUACUCCCAUCACCUCACUUCCCUGUCAUGUUUCAUGCUGUCUUGGGUCAGGAUGUUCGCGAAGCUUCCUCUCCGUCGUUCUUCAACGUGGAGGAAGUGCUGCAAGUGAAAGCCUACAUACAGAGGCUCAAAGAAGACGAUAGUAUCCGCGCUAAGGAUGAAGAUAUUGGUAUUAUAUCGCCUUACCAUGCCCAGUGUCUGAGGAUACGCAAGUCAAUCAGCCCUAUUGCAGGCGGGGUAAAGGUCGGCUCUGUUGAAGAGUUUCAGGGACAGGAACGCAAGAUUAUCAUCAUUUCAACUGUGCGAAGUCGUCAAGAGUUUAUUGACCAUGAUGUCCGCCAUACUCUUGGGUUCGUCACCAGUCCCAGGCGGUUCAACGUCGCAGUUACACGUGCUCAGGCACUUCUAGUUAUUGUUGGGAACCCACACAUACUGGCUCUCGAUCCCCUUUGGAGGUCGUUUCUGAGCUUUGUCCACAUCAAUCGGGGAUGGAUUGGGUCCCCAAUCUCUUGGGAUCCGAUGGAGAAUGUCGAGAACCGGAGCGCUUGAAGUCGUUUGGUAAACCAAGCAGACCGGUUUGUCGCGGUGCCACUAGCCCAAUUGGGGGCCAUCAUGGGUUAUUAUUAAUAGUAGACACUAUAGCCCACCUAAACCUGUACCAAUGCUCAUGAUUUUUGCCUCUCUCUGAUUAUUAAUGUCGAAAAAGUAUUUUCC